UUUUUCAUUAGUUUUAUAUGUUCAAUAACAGCAAAGCUUUAAUGAAAAGAAAUAUCAAAACAGAGACACACACAAUCAAUGGAGUCCUGGACUCAACUUUUCAACCAUGGGAAACCAUUUUUGGCUAUGAUUUUAAUGCAGUCUAGUUAUGCCGUGAUGUCGAUUAUCGCGAAAUAUGCUUUAAAUCAAGGGAUGAGUCCACAUGUAUUGGUAGCUUAUCGGUUGGCUGUUGCCGCUAUUAUCAUUACGCCGUUCGCCAUUGUUUUAGAAAGGAAAACGAGGCCGAAGAUGACAUUCAAUAUCUUUAUCAAGAUAAUGCUGAUCAGCUUACUCGAGCCGGUGCUUGAUCAUAACUUCUUUUACACCGGGAUGAAGUAUACGACGGCAACGUUUACGACUGCCAUGUGCAACAUUCUACCUGCCUUAACUUUUGCGUUGGCUUGCAUCGUCAAGCUCGAGAGAGUGGAGAUCGGGAAGGUUCGUAGCCAAGCAAAGGUAGCCGGGACUGCGGUGGCGGUGGGAGGAGCGAUGAUAAUGACUCUCAUCAAGGGUCCUAUCCUAGAAUUGCCAUGGACAAAAGGGAGGAACCACUACCUGGGUCAACAUGGUGCAAGUGGAGCUCACAAACAAGAUAUGGUGAUGGGUGCUCUUUUGCUCCUUGCAGGUUGUUGCUGUUGGGCUUGUUUCGUCAUUUCACAAGCAAGGAUCCUAAAAUCAUACCCAGCUAAGCUUUCCCUUACUGCUCUUAUAUGCAUCAUGGGCACCUUUGAAGGCACCAUUCUCGCAUUUGCGGUCGAAUGGCGCAACCCUUCAGUCUGGCACAUUGGCUUCGACUCCAAAUUGAUAGCUUCUCUCUAUGGCGGGUUGGUGACUGCCUUCGCAUUAUAUGCAAUGGGGUCAGUAAUGAAGAGAAGAGGACCGGUUUUUGUGAGUGCUUUUAAUCCAUUAAGUAUGGUUAUUGUUGCAAUUUUGGGCUCCUUUUUCUUGGCUGAAGACAUGUAUCUAGGAAGAGUACUAGGAAGCAUUGUUAUUGUAAUUGGCCUGUAUCUAGUCUUAUGGGGUAAGAGCAAGGAGCAACCUCAAUCGACACCGGACAUCAUGGUGGUGCGAGCUGAUCAACAGAUGGUUAUAAUUAAUGGUCAUAUUGAGAAUCCAGAUCCUGAGUUGAUUCCGGUGGCGCGAGCCAGCCAGCAAACGGCUACAAUUAAAGGGAAUAUAAAGAAUCCAGAUCCUAAGUUUAUCACUAUAGAAUGAUGAUCAGGGAUGAGACCCUAAAAUCUAAUCGAAGUAGCUGUUAGGAAUAGAUAGGAAGUUUUUCAGUUUUUUAUUUAAGAACAUCAGAAAUCAACCUCUGCUACAUGAAAAUUGAAUUAAAUAUGAAAUGAACAUUGAUUGCAGAGAUUUGAGAUAAA